AUGGCAGCCACCACCACGAGGUGGUGGCGGCGAUUUCCGAUGGUUCCAACGCAAGUAACAACAAAGGCGGCAGGCGGCGGUUACACCCGCUACAACGUCCGGCAAUGGGCACAUCUUCGAGCAGCAGCAACCACAGCGGCAGGAAAGGAGGUGAGGGAGGAGCACGAAUGGCGGCCACCACGACGCCACGCCUUUGAUCUUCGCCGAUGCAGCUGCACUUUCAACUCAGGCGGUUAUCAACAACAAUCGGUGGUGCUCGGCGGUUGGAAAUCGACAUGGUGGAAGGUGGCGGUGGCUGGAGAGGGAGCGGUGGGGAGGUGGCGCCGGUGA